AUGGCUCUUGCGGAGACUAUUAGUCGAAAAGUUCACAAGCUUGGGCUCAUUCCCAAGUUCAUCAGGCUCCUCCCUGUAAUCUCUUUCACAUUGGCAUUAGGGUCUGUAGUCUGGCUCCUAGCACUUCCGUUAGAUGGCAACUACCGUAAUACUUACAUCUCCGAGAACGCGCUUAUGCCGUCACAAGUCAACUCGUAUUUUCGGGAAAGCGAAUGGAACUUCGUACGAGGUUACAGAGAAGAAAUCAAGUUAAUUGAGCAUAGCUCUUUCAAUGAAAAGAACAGUCUUGUGGAGAAGUGGCUUACAGAUAUUGGUUUGGUGACAGCGUAUCACCAGAAUGGCUCAGCCAAUGACACCCUAUAUGCCAUAAUGCAUGCUCCACGAGGUGACGAUACAGAGGCUAUGGUUUUGACUGUUCCGUGGGUCACUUCUGAAGGCGAAUAUAACGAAGGAGGCUUGGCUUUAGCAGCUGGUUUGGCCAGAUACUUCAGCAAAAUGUCCAUUUGGUCCAAGAACAUCAUUUUUGUUUUCCCCCAAGACUCACAUGCCGUGUUGCGCUCAUGGGUAGAGGCUUAUCACACGACUUUGGAGCAGACAGCUGGCUCAAUCGAUGCUGCUAUCGUUUUAGAGUAUGGCAAGAAUGGUGAUUACUUUGACUACUUUGAGAUGUACUACGAAGGAUUAAACGGACAAUUGCCCAACUUGGAUUUGCUUAAUACCAUAUCUAACGUGGCAUACCAUGAGGGAAUACACUGCGUAAUUCAGAACACUCCAUCGACAGAAUUAGUCAGAAACGAUUACUACUCUAGAACGAGAACUCUACUCAGAGGAAUCUUGAAUUUGACGUUGUCUGGUUUGAAGAGAGAUGUUCCUGGUUGUGCAGCGUUUUCUGGCUGGCAGAUCCAGGCUGUCACCAUCAGAGCCAAGGGUACGCAAGGUCCUCAUGAUGUAACACAGUUUGGAAGAGUAGUCGAUACUUCAUUCAGAUCCGUGAACAACUUGUUGGAGAAGUUUCACCAAUCUUUCUUCUUUUAUUUGAUGUUGUCGACAAAGCAUUUCGUGUCCAUUGGAACAUACUUGCCAGCUGCUGUUUUCAUUGCCGUAUCAUUUGCAUUUAGUGCACUCGGAUGUCUUCUCAAUAGUGGAGUUGAAGCUUCUUCUUUCUUCAAUAACACUGGUUCGUUACUUUUCAUUUUCACUGUCAUAGAGUUAAGCAGUGGAGUUUUGGCCGCAGCUCUUCCAUGGAUCACUUUUGGUUCUCCAGCUGAAUACCAGGACACUACAGUUGCGCAGAUCUUGUUUGUUCUUUCGUUGCUUACAUUUGGCCUUGCCUUUACUCCUUUGAUAAUGACCAAAACGAAAAAAGUCAAAUUCAGCAAAUCGAUUACCUUUGGAUUGAUUUCUUUGUCGUUAUUCUACAUUUCGAUGUUGAUAACCACCCUCUUAAUUGUCAACUUCUCAUUGGCAUUGACAGUAGGGCUCUUGAGUUUGCCAUUGACCUUCAUUCAGCCCAUCAUCAGCCAAAAAUCAAAUCUAACGAAGUCCCCGCAAGUAGUGAGCAAUCGCAAAAGGGCUCAGGUGAAGGUCAGUUUGUGUUUGCUUGUUUCGAGUCCAUGGUUUGUCGUUUUUUUGGCUGGAAGCUACUUGGACCCAGAAAAUGGAAUCCUGUUGAUGAGAGGAUUGUUGACGUCAUUACAUGAACUCCAAUGUUGGACUUGGUACGUUGUCAUUCUCGGAUGGUUCCCCGCCUGGCUCACCAUUGCGUUGAGUUGUGUUUUCGGCAACUUUGAAAUCGACUAUACGAGCUUUGUCAAUCAGGAAAAGAAAUCCAUAUAG